AUGAAAGGUCGUGGUUCUCGUAUUCCCACACAAGAAUUUGCUGCCCCUACAAUACCUGCACAUGAAGGAAUCGACUUUUAUUCUUUCGUGCCCAGAUUUAUGGUCCGUCUUAUUCAAGAUUAUGUUAACGUGAUGGCGGAUGGCAGCUGUAGGUACCGGUGCGUUGCUCAAGCCGUGUACGGGGAUCAAGAAAGAUGGUCGCAAAUGAGAGGGGAGUUGCUUAUUGAGUUAUACGAGCAUGCUAAUGUGUACACGACGAUGUUUGGCAGUACCAGAUACGUUGCGGUCAUACGCAAGUGUGACUGGACCUCAAGGCCUUGUCCACAAGCUUAUUGGAUGGACAUGAAUGAAAUGGGAUUGGCCGUUGCUACUAGAUAUAGUGCAUUAGUGGUACUUUUGACUCAAGUAGGGAGUAUGACUUACCUUCCUAUGUUUGACAGUGGUCACUUAUCAUGUAUGAUUCUUGUGACAUUGCACAACAAUCAUUUCAUGUUUGUUAAUUUGGUCGCGAAUAGUCCUCUACCAUCAAUCCAUCCGGCAUGGGUACACCAUAGAGCUAAAAACCUGAGGCACUUACUCAAAAUGUACAAACCCCUAAUACUCUUGUACGAACAACUAAAGUCUGGUCGGUAG